AUGGUGCUGGAGGCUCAGCUGCAGCAGGCUGUGCUGCUGAAGAAGGUGGUGGACGCCAUGAAGGACCUCUGCAAGGACGUUAACUUCGACUGCUCGGAGAAGGGGCUUCAAGUGCAGUCCAUGGAUAGCUCGCAUGUGGCCCUAGUCUCACUGCUGCUGCGGGAGUCUGCGUUCGCAGAGUUCAAGUGCGACAGGCCGACCUCGUUGGGCAUGAACGUGGACUCGUUGGGCAAGAUCCUGAAGAUGUGCGGACAGAACGACUCGCUGAAGCUGCGCGCGCAGAAUGACGCAGACGUCGUGAGUUUCCAGUGCGAGAGCGGGGAGGACGACCGCAUCGCCGACUUCGACUUGAAGUUGAUGCAGAUCGAGAGCGAGCACAUGGAGAUCCCCAGGGGUCGGCGACUCCCUGAGCAGCACUACAAGGUCGUGGCCAAGCUGCCGUCAGCGGAGUUUCAGAAGAUCUGCCGUGACCUCAAGGAGUUUGGGGAGACGAUGCAGGUGAAGGCCACCAAGGAGGGCAUCACAUUCACAGUCCAGGGCGACAUGGGUGCUGGCAAUGUCAUGCUGAAGCCGCGCGCGGCGGAGAAGCCCGAGGACGCGGUGAGCCUCACCGUGCACGAGCCAGUCUCCGCCACCUUCGCGCUGCGCUACCUGGUGAACUUCGCCAAGGCCGCGCCGCUGUGCGGCACUGUGGAGCUCGGGCUCGGCCCGGACGCGCCUCUGCUUGUGAGGUACAACCUCGAGAACGCGGACAAUGGCCACUUGCAGUUCUACUUGGCACCGAAGAUUGACGAGUGA